UUGGGAUGGGAUAUGAAGAAGAAUCAACUUUGGGCCGGGAGGAAUGAAUGGUCUCCAAAUGAGUGGGCUUGGUCCACCCACGCACCGUCUUCAGUCUUUCAAUUUGAGGCAUUCGAUUCCGAUUCUCCGUUCGGUUUUUUAUUCACAACGCACAAACUUUGGAAGCUCGAGAGGCAAAGAGAGAGAGAAGAGAAAACAUGGGAGUGACAAAGGAACAAGUCGAAUCUUCACUCACCUCAAAACUCAGUCCUUCUCAUCUAGAAGUCAUCGAUACCUCUGGAGGAUGCGGUGCAAGCUUUGCUGUCGAAAUUGUAUCGACAAAAUUUGAAGGGAAGAGGUUGCUAGAGCGACAUCGUCUUGUGAAUGCUGCUCUGGAAAACGAGAUGAAAGAAAUCCAUGCCCUUUCAAUAAAGAAAGCUCAGACCCCGGACCAGUGGAAACAACAGCAAGAGUCCGACAAUUCGAAACCGGCAGCUUAGACAUGCUUUGGAACAGUUUUAAUAACAUGUCCCAAGUGAAUCAGUGGACACUGUAAACUGGGUAAAGUGCACCUACCAAAGUUGAAACAGAAUUGUUCUACUUGUUAUUAUUGCCCUGUUUAUACUAUCUGUGGAUUACAAAAUUUAGAGUUGCAUACAUUUCAUGGAUUUUUUUUUUAA